GAGACGGUUUAUAGGCGACAUAAUUACGGAACGAGUUCGGAAAGACAAGAAAAGACGCGAUAGUGUCUUACCGCAAGGACAAUCAAGGUUUUGAACACAAUCCGGAUAAGUGUGAGGAUACUGCGUAAAAUUUGGAAUACAUCAAAAUGCAAACAAACGCACAAACCAAUUUGGGAGAUGCACACUCGGAAGAAAGUUCGAUCGACACAUUCUUCGCCGAAAAGAUAAUCCUUGUAACUGGUGCUACUGGCUUCUUAGGGAAAGCCAUCCUGGAGAAACUGCUACGCUCGUGCCUUCGUGUAGCUACAAUUUUCGUUCUGAUCCGUCCAAAGAAGAACCUAUCUGUCGAGGAACGCCUGACGAAAUUAUUGGAAAAUUCUAGGAGACUGUUUAAAUAUUUCACCUGUGGCGUGAUUAUACUUGAAGUGUCAAACACAGUCAUCAAAACGUACGACGAAAGGUCGCGAUUAUUACCGUUCUCACGAUUAUUUUCCGUAAUUAUUAUCUGCAAAAUUAUCUCUGUUAAUACGUUCGUCGAGAAAAAUAUUGCGCCACAAAUACAUUUCUCUAUGAACAUUUCUUACAAAAAACGGUUUUUUCAUCUGUCGCAGCUUUUCGAUAGGAUACGAUCGGAAUUUCCCGGCGCUUUAAAUAAAAUCUUUCCCGUAAAGGGCGAUCUGAGCAUGCCGGAGAUGGGACUCCAGCCUGAAGACAAGGAUAUGUUAAUAGAAAAAGUUAAUAUUGUUUUUCAUAGCGCGGCCACCGUACGUUUUGAUGAGCCAUUGAAAAAUGCCGUUAAUUUAAACGUAAGGGGCACAGAUCGUAUGCUAGACUUGUGCAGGCGUAUGACAAAUCUUAUUAGCAUCAUUCAUGUUAGUACGGCCUAUAGUAACGCCGAUCGACGAGAAAUUGAGGAAUUGAUAUAUACGACAGGGAUAAAGCCGGAAAUAGUAAUGGAUAUAUGCGAAAAUUUAGACGACGAGACGAUAGGAAUAUUAGAGAAGAAGCUGAUCACAAAUCAUCCAAACACCUAUACAUUGACCAAAGCUCUAGCAGAACAAAUUCUGCUGUCCAAGGGAGCCGGUCUACCUAUCGCGAUCGUACGACCGAGUAUUAUCUGCGCCGCCUACCGAGAACCAUUUCCAGGCUGGGUAGAUAAUGUUCAGGGUAUUACAGGUAUAAUGAUGGGAACAGGUAUAGGUAUUAUUAGGAGCAUCGUGUGUAACGCGAAUUUAAUAGUAGAUGUUAUACCUGUCGACUUUGUUGUCGAUACCUUAAUAUGCGCUUCUUGGCAUAACGCAAUGCAACAUAUUGAUACGAUAAGGAUUUACAAUUGCACCAGCAGCGCACUGCAUCCGAUCACAUGGAGCAAAUUCGGACAUCUUACGAAAAAGUACGUCAUAGAGUCGCCAUCGAAAUAUGUGAUGUGGUAUCCAGGUUUUACAUUUAGAACAAACAAAUUUAUUCACGCUAUCAUGGUAAUUAUGUUACACUUCUUACCUGCGUUUAUCGUAGAUCUUGUAUCAAGGGUCCGAGGUUACAAACCUAAAAUGGUGAGAAUGGCUAAACGCUUCAAGCGCUCUACUAAAACCGGAGAGUUCUUCGCGAUAAACGAGUGGAAAUUCAGCGUUGAUAACAUGCGGGAACUAGUGGAAUCCGUAAAAGCGUUGGGGCAUUGUAACGACUUCAAUGUAGAUAUCAGAAGCUUGGAUUGGGACACGUAUUUGCAUCAAUACGUGUUAGGAAUUAGAAAAUAUAUUUUAAAAGAUGAUCUAGAUACUUUAAAUAAUGCCCGCCGUCGUUUACGGAGAUUGAACUGGGUGGAUAAAUUAACCAAAUUAUUCGGUAUAUUCGUAUUAAGUGUAUUCGUAUUAAGAAUGAUACUGAUAUGCUGGAAUGCGGUGAUAUCAUCAAGAAACUAUACGAAAACUUUUGAAUCGUAAUUUGUGCGAUUUUAAAAGCGCUGCAAAAACAUUGCGGAAAGAAAUAUAUUUUAGAAAAAUUUUAGAAAAACAUAUAACUGCCAUAUUGAAACUUACUGCUUAAGUUUUUCUAUCUGCCACGGCUCUAACACUUGGAUAAGUUUCCUUGUAAGAAGUACAAUAUAAAAAAUAUAUAUAUAAA